GUCUCGUCUGUCACAGCUGUUGUCUCAGGCACCAGGGUGCUGCUGAAUCCCCUUCACUCCGCUCUUUCUCUCCACUGGUAGUGUGGUUUAACUGCUCCAUCAUACUCCGUCUCCUCUGGCCAGUGAUCCACACAUCAGAUGAUGAUGGAGAGCACUCCAGUUGAUGCUAGUGACCAGGUCAAUGGUGGGGAGGAGCAGUCUGUGGAUCCUAUGGAGGACUUCAGCCGGCAGCUGGAGGACAUUAUCAAUACAUAUGGCUCAGCAUCCAGCCUGAUGGAAGAGCAGAUUGCCAUCCUGGAAAAUGAGGAAGAGAAACCUCAUGAAGAAGCCAGGCCUGAGGAGGCAGCCACCAACGUGGAGGCCAGCAGCAACCCAGAAAAGGAGCUGACAGCUGAAAAAAUUCUCAAAGGUCUUGGUAAGGAGGCUUCGCUCCUGCUGCAGAACGUGAACAAGCUCAGCUCAGCCGAAGAGAAAGUGGAGAUGGUGCUGAAGAAGUAUGCUGAGCUGUUGGAGGAGCAGAGAGGGGAGCGGCGGCAGCUGAAGCUCCUGCAGAACAAACAGGGUCUCCUGGUCAAGAACAGGGACCAGCUCCAGUUUGAGCACAGCCGUGCCAUCCUGGCACGUAGCAAACUGGAGUGCCUGUGCCGUGAGCUCCAGAGACACAACAAGACCUUAAAGGAAACCUUGCUGCAGAAGUGUCGUGAGGAUGAGAGCAAGCGCCUAGAGAUCACCACUCACUUCCAGAGCACAGUGGUGGACAUCCAGGCCCAAAUUGAGCACCACAGCAACCGCAACAACAAGCUGUGCCAGGAGAACAGUGAGCUGGCUGACAAACUCAAGACCAUCGUGGAGCAGUACGAGAAGAGGGAAGAGAGUUUAGAGAAGAUUUUCAAACAGAGGGAUCUGCAGCAGAAACUGGCUGAUGCCAAACUGGUAGAAGCUAACUUGCGGCUGAAGGAAGCAGAGGAAAAGCACAAUAGAGAGAAGGAAUACUUGCUUAAAGAAGCAAUUGACAAAACAAAGAAAUGCUACACAAUGAAGGAGCAGGAGUUGCAGAUGAAGAAGCAGCUUGUGUUGUACUCUAAGAAGUUUGAGGAGUUCCAGAGUACACUAUCCAAAAGCAAUGCAGUGUACACUACUUUCAAACAAGAGAUGGAUAAGAUGACCAAGAAGAUGAGAAAGCUGGAGAAGGAAUCAAAUGUGUGGAGGAUACGCUUUGAAAGCUGCAGCAAAGCCCUUAAUGAAAUGAUUGAGGAGCGAUCUGAGAAGGGCAAAGAGCUUGAGAUGUUCACCUUGAGGAUCCACAAACUGGAGGUACUGUGCCGAGCACUGCAGGACGAAAGGAGAGUCCUGUAUGACAAGAUCAAAGAGAUCCGCUUGCAGGGUUUUGCAGCCUCAGUGCCCAUGAAGGACACUGAAGAGGAGCUUCCAGAGCUUACUCAGCUGCCUGAGCCAGUGGUAGAAUCUAACCCGGCACUAACAGCAGAAAUGGAGAAGCUGUGGACGGAGCAAGCCCGUCUGGAGGAGUUUGCCGCCUCCCUCAUGGUCCCUGCUACAGAUGACAUAGAGGACUCGGACGAAGAUGAAGAAGAAUCAUCUGAACUGAAGGAUUCUGCUAUUCAGCUGCCAAGUGAAGCACCAACAGAAGAACCUUCCUGUCUGAAAGAAAUCAAACAAGAGGCAAGUAAAUCAACUCCAGUGGCUGAGCCCAUUCUAAGUGAAGUAAUCCAGUCUGAGUCCAAGCAAGAGUCUAUUAAACAAGACGUCAUUCAACCAGCAGAAUUGCCCAAGGAAGAACCACCCAAGGAAGAACCACUCAAAGUAGAACCGCCCAAAGAAGAUCCAUCCAAAGAAGCACCAUCCAAAGAAGAACCACCCAAAGAGGAACCUCUCAAAGAAGAACCACCCAAAGAGGAACCUCCCAAAGAAGAACCUCCCAAAGAAGAACCACCCAAAGAGGAACCUCCCAAAGAAGAACCACCCAAAGAGGAACCUCCCAAAGAAGAACCUCCCAAAGAAGAACCACCCAAAGAGGAACCUCCCAAAGAAGAACCACCCAAAGACGAAGUUGCAAAGCAAAAAUCAAGCAAACAAAAACCCGUUCAGCAAAAAGAGGUGAGAUUUAAAGAAGUAGAAGCCGAAAUAUUUCCACUAGAAGCUCCUAAAGAAGAGUGUACUGAAGAAGAAGUCAAUACAGCAAAAGUCCCCAAAACAGAGUCUGUGGAAGACGUUUCAGGUUCAGCUGAACCCACCAAAGUAGAAGCUAUCAAAGAAGAAUCUGUCAUAGUAGAGCCCCCCAAAGAAACUACUACCAACUCAGAACCUGCUACAGCAGAUUCAGUCAAAGAGGAACCCAGCACAUCUCAACAUGUGGAAGCAGAAUCAGAAGCAGCUGCAGCAGCAGUGCCCAAAACAGAAGAAGCAAAACCACAAAACUCCCAAACCCAAGACACCAAGGCAAAGAGCAGUAAACCCCAGCCCAAAAAAACAAGCUCCUCUAAGAAGAAACCUGCAACUAAGAAUGCAAAGAAAAGCUGAGGAAUUUAACACAAUAUAAGUUAUCGCAGGUGCACCAAGAAUUCCCUCUGUUUUUUUUAUGUUAUCUGUUGUGGUGUGUUUGGAUGAGUGCAGUGCUGUGCGAAGUUAUGUAUAUUGACACCUACACUGUAAAAAAAAAUAAAUUAACAAAACUUUAAUCUAUUAAGCGAAUAAGCAAAAACAAAAGUCUGAGCGAUAAUAAAUGUUUGAUUUGUUUAAAACAAUUUGGGUACCAAAUACGGUACCAAAUUCCUUUGUUGUUGAUGUAAUUUUUUUUACAGUGUAACCUUUUUUCAUCUCCAUUUAAGAAAAGCCCCUUGGUAAGCUUUUUACAGCUCACUGAGUGUGAUGCACACUUUUUCAUGUAAUACAUGUCUUUACUCAUUAAUAAAGAUGCCAUAUUGUUGGUAAA